ACGGAUUUUGUAAGCGUCCUCCCCCUGUCGCUGCUUGCAUGAAUUUGGUUCGUUGGCGUCUUCCCUCUCGCAUAGUGUGUCUCUGCUCGCCGCGAAUGCGACAACGGUUCUGUGUCGGCAAACCUGUCGUUCAUGGCAGACCUGUACCGCAGGCUGCCUUUAUUGCUGCUCGUCGCUCUGCUGCUGCUCAUCGUUGUCGUCUUCCGCAUUUGUUUCCUCGCUCACGUUCUUGGAAGGAAACAGACGCGUCGAACGCCGAAGAGGUCGAGGAAGAUGGAUAAGCUUAAGACGAAGACGGCGAUGUCGGUGGAAGGUGGGGGGUCCUCGCGUCAGCGUUGCAACAGUGCGGAAGGCGGCAGGCGGCCGUACGACCCGACGCUGUACAGCCACCUGCCGUCCCACGAGAUUCCAUUGCCUCCGAGUGACGACGACGUCGACGACCCCAGAUCCUCAACAGUUCCUCUAGGCAGCGGUUCGACGCAGGAUUGGAUGGGGAGUCAGGUGUACAGACACGAAUCGACGCCGACGUACACGGAUUUGCUGGAGGUUCGGACCCCCUCUGGUUACGACGCUGGACUCGUCGAUCUGAGCUUCGGUCUGAGGUCUGGGAGUGGCGAGGGCAUGACGCACAUGGUUGUCGUGAACCCGGCUUCUGCCACCAAACACACGUCGCCUUCCGUGAGGGCAGCUGGCCCUGCGGAUAGCCGUGGAUUCGUUUCGUCGAGACGGGUUGCUUUGAGUACAACAAAUGUGGCCGCGUCGAGGACGAAGACAGGUGGAUUGGCUGGCUGCCGAACGACGACGCCAGGCGGUACAAUCGACAGAGAAGGGGACGACGACGAGCGCGCCGCUACAGAGGUCGUCGGUCAUCAGUUUUGGGAUGAUGAACGACAACGAUUGCGUUCCACGCACACGUCCAGCAUAACGAGAGGGGUGGCGAGAAUGAGUGUGGGGGCCGACGACGUGUUCGUGGACUGCGAUGCUGGAGGGGGCGAGGAGAUCGCUGCAGACGAAGGUCGUGAUGACAACAACGAAGACGACGAUGGCGAGAUGGAGAUUCAUCCAGUAGGGAGGAAGCGCGAAGGGUCUACGGCGAAAACCAAGGUUAGAGAGUUGCGCACGGGGCGGAAAGGCAAGAAGUGCGCGGAAGAAUUGACCGCGGGUGACGGAACAAAAAACAAGGAUUUUUGGAAAGUGGAGCAUAUGAUCGCUCUUAUCAGAGCCAAAAGAGACCAGGAUUCGCAUCUGGCUGGCCUGGGGCACAACUACGGACGGAUGAAGACGAAGACAUGGAAGUGGGAGGACGUGGAGAAGAGGCUCGUGCAGAUGGGGGUGACGAGCAGGAAGGCCGUCGACUGCGGUAAGAAAUGGGACAACCUGUACCAGCAGUUCAAAUCCGUGCACAAGUUCAUGGGAGAAUCCGGGAAGCCUAACUUCUUCACACUAACGCCGGGGGAGAGGAGGGAGCGGGGGUUCGACUUUAGGAUGGAUGAGCGCGUGUAUUCGGAGAUGAAGGUGAUGUCCGGGGGCGAUCACACUAUACACCCCACGAAUCUCGCGGACACGGGUGCGCCGGGAGGUGUUCAAAUGCAUGGCCCGGCGGGCGGGCGAAACGAAUCCGGCGGUAGUGACGCAGGGGGGGGGGGUCCGGACGACGAUCGCGGAUCGACGAGGGAUUCGUCGUUCUCCGGCGGUGGCGGUGGCGGUGGCGGGGCAGGCAAACGAAAGAAUGUCAGACAACAGACAUUCGAGGCGAUGGCUGACGUUAUGAAGGAGCACGGGGCGCUGAUGUCGACGACGGUGGACACCGCGAGCAAGAGGCAGUGCUCUAUUCUGACGAGGCAAUGCGACAUUCUGGAGAGAGAGAUACAAGUGCAGAAGGAGCACUACGAGAAGGCUGACCAGGCGAAUUUCAUGAUGUGCAACGCCCUCAUUGAGAUUGCGAAAGGCGAGGAAGUGUCGAUGGUGGAUGCACAAGGGGCGGACGUCAUGAGUCGAUUGGGGUUUGGGCGGGACGGGGUGUCGAGGGAGCAGCUGGCUGCUCUGAAGCAAAGCUUGGUCGGUGGUGUCGCCGUCAUGUUGGCACGAACCCCUAAGACGGCAGGGAUUGUCAUGACGGACGUGCGCAUGGCGAGACAAGUUCCGCCAAAGGUCGGGCAGGGGUGGAAAAAACACUGCCUGCGCAAAAGGUUGACACGACGGCGGGCGGAUGGUCGGACGGCGGCGGCGAAUAACACCACCAGGAGCGGAGUCGCGGAAGCUGCGGAAGAGGGGAGGGUCGAUGACGUCCGCCGCGAUGAUGGGAGGAAGGAUGGCAGGGGGGAGGGCGAUGAUGACGACGACCGCCCGGUUUCGGCGAUGGUGAAGAAAGUGAUUAAACAGGAUGACCUCGAAGACAGGUCGAAGUUGUGGAUCGACUGCGACGCAUUCUGGGGUCAGGGACCGGGGAAGCCGUUAAGGGAAGCGGUAGGCAAUUGCACGGACUACUUCAUGGCCAUCGCCAACAGAGAUGCAGGAGCAGAACCGCCUUCGAUGCUGGUGAUGCCGCCGAAUGAUGUGCCGCGCUUCAAGAUCGACGACCCUGCGCAGCGUGAACUGGCUCUGCGUAGAGCGCGCAACGUGGAGAAAGUGGUGCUUCGUGCCAUCCACGGCUGGAUCUUCAAAUCGUCGUCGAGGUCGUCUGGCUUCGCUCGUGCAGAAUCUUACGUGACAGUGGACUUCGCAACAGACGUCGCGCGAGCGGUCUGGCAGGCUUUAGAAUGGUCGAAAGUCGUUUCCCCUGCGCUCAUCUACCACACGCUGGCGAUGAAGAUGGGCGUGCCUCUGUGGUUCGCUGGAGUUAAGAUAGUGGAUAGGCCCGAAGACGACGACAUGGCGGCGCCGCAGGGGGCGACAGUUCUUCGCCUGGCAGACUGCUGGACAGAUGCAGUUUGGUGCGGGCAAUGGGCGGAAGGUGGCCGCGUGAAACAGGAUAGGUUGACGCGCCUUGCGGAUUGUCUCUGAGUUCUGUUGAGCGCGUGCAUGUGGAUCAUGCGGAGGGGCGGUGACGACGACCGUUCGCACUACGAGGCAUCAUUCUACGCGUC